UACACACACUCACACUCAGAGGGACCGAAAGGGAGUGGACAGUGCGGUGGUGACAAACAGCUACGACUGCCGUGUUCUGCCUUUCACAUCCACCUUCCUGCAUCGUUCAGCUGCUGAAGGGCUGUAUAAUUAUCUCCUUUAGUUGUGAAGAAUGAUGGAAGAAACUCCAGAUCCGUUCAAGCAUGUCAGCCAGAAGUCAGGUCUGCAGGUGUGGACCAUCAACAAUAUGAAGAUGGUCCCUGUUCCGGAUCAGGCGUUUGGAAACUUUUUUGAGGGGGAUUGUUAUAUCGUCCUCUAUGUGAGUCAAGACUCCGCGCCGUCCAUGGACAUCCAUUACUGGAUCGGAAACCUCUCCAGUCAGGACGAACAGGGGGCGGCGGCCAUCUUAGUGACCCAGCUGGAUGAGUAUCUGAAGGGCAGUCCUGUCCAACACCGGGAGGUCCAGGGAGCAGAGUCCACCAAGUUCAGGAGCUACUUCAAAAACAACCUGAUCUAUAAGAAGGGAGGGGUGGCGUCAGGGUUCCAUCACAUUGAGUCCAAUAUUUACAACAUCCUCAGGCUGCUGCAAGUUAAAGGCAGGAAGCAUGUCACCGCCACUGAGGUGGAGGUAUCUUGGAACAGCUUCAACAAAGGGGACAUCUUCCUGCUGGACAUGGGGAAGGUCAUUGUUCAGUGGAACGGCCCUCAGAGCAACCGGAGCGAAAAACUCAAGGCUUUGCUCCUAGCCCACGACAUCCGCGACAGGGAGCGAGGCGGGCGGGCUCAGAUCGGGGUGGUGGAGGGGAAUGCAGAAGAAGACUCUCCAGAACUCAUGAAAAUCAUGAGGGCCAUUCUGGGUCAGAGGUCAGGCCCCCUGAAGGAGGCAUUGCCUGAUGACACUCCUGAUUAUUGUCAGCAGACAGCCAAUGUCCGGCUCUACAAUGUGUCCGACAGAAGUGGUCAACUUGUGGUUCAGGAGAUAGCCACCCAACCCCUGACGCAGGACCUUCUGGACUCUUCGGACUGCUAUAUAGUAGACCAGGGUGGUUCCAGCGUGUUCGUAUGGAAGGGGAUGCAUGCAUCUAAGGAGGAGCGGCGCUCGGCACUGAGCAGGGCUGUGGGCUUCAUAAAGGCUAAGAACUACCCCAGCAGCACUAACGUGGAGGUGAUGGCAGAGGGGGGAGAGUCGGCCAUGUUCAAACACCUCUUCAAGUCUUGGAGGGAGAAGGGCCAGACACAAGGCCUAGGGAAUGUCUAUUCCACUGGCAGCAUUGCUAAGGUAGAGCAGGUGAAGUUUGAUGUGAUGGAGCUUCAUGCCCACCCUGAACAAGCAGCACAGCAGCGUAUGGUUGACGACGCCUCUGGACAGGUGCAGAUCUGGCGUAUAGAGAAGCUAGAGCUGAGAGAGCUCCAUCCCAGCUCCUAUGGCCUGUUCUACGCAGGAGACUGUUACCUGGUCCUCUACACCUACAUGCGAGCCAAAAAGCAGCAGUACAUUCUCUACAUGUGGCAGGGUUGUCAUGCCACCCAGGAUGAGAUCGCAGCAUGUGCCUACCAGGCAGUUGCCGUGGACAACAAAUAUAACGGAGAGGCGGUGCAGGUCAGGGUGGUUAUGGGAAAAGAGCCGCGUCACUUUCUGGCCAUCUUCAAAGGGAAACUCAUCAUCUUCGAGGGAGGUACAAGCAGAUCUGGGGUGACCAGUCCAGAACCAGCAGUCCGGCUGUUCCAGGUUCGAGGGACUAAUGAGUUUAACACUAAAGCUACAGAGGUUCCAGCCCGCUCCUCGUCCCUCAACACCAAUGAUGUCUUCCUUCUUAAAACCGACAUGUUUUUUUACAUGUGGUAUGGAAAGGGUUGUAGCGGCGAUGAGCGGGAGAUGGGGAGAGUGGUGUCAGACGUUGUGUCCAGGCAGGAAAAACAGGUGGUGAUGGAGGGCCAGGAGCCAGCAGAGUUCUGGGUGGCCCUGGGAGGCAAGGCCCCCUACUGCUCUGACAAGAGACUCCAGAAUGAGAAGCCUCCACACAACCCCAGGUUGUUUGAAUGCUCCAAUCAGACCGGCCGGUUCAUGAUGACAGAGGUGGAGGACUUUGCUCAGGAGGACCUGGACCAGGAUGAUGUCAUGCUGCUGGACACUUGGGAGGAGAUCUUCCUAUGGAUUGGCAAGUCAGCCAACGAAUAUGAGACCAAGGAGGCGUGUAACAGCGCUCUGGAGUACCUGAGGACCCACCCAGCAGGGCGCAGCCCAGAUACCCCCAUUAUCUCUGUCAAACAGGGCUACGAACCACCCACCUUCACUGGAUGGUUCAACGCAUGGGACCCUCACAAGUGCAGCGGAGACAUCUCCUAUGAGGAAAUCAAAAAAAAGCUUGGCGAUGUUUCUUCAACUUCUCAGAUAACUGUAAAUCUGAACAGCACAGACAUGACUAAGGGUUCUGCAGGAGAGAGCGGGGCUGGAGGCUACAAUGGUCCUGGAAAGACUGCCCAGGUCAGCUCUGCCCAGAUCAGCUCGCCAUUGUCCUACAAGGUCCAUCUUGUUGCUGGAGGAGGCUCCCCCACCCCUGCCAGCCAAACCACACCUUUAGCCCAGAACAAUCUGUCUAACACCUUCAGUACCCCUCUCUCCACCACCCUGUCCUCUCACUCCCCCAGCGCCAGUACAACCCAAGCCCUUCAGAUCCAUAGUGAUCUGCCUCAGGAUGUGGCCCCUAACCGCAGCAAGGAAUGUCUUUCUGAUGAGGAUAUGGAGAACCUUUUGGGGUGUUCUCGGUCUAGUUUCCAAAGGUUACCCAAGUGGAGGCAGAAUGACCUGUUGAAGAAGGCGGGGUUGUUCUAAAUGGGCAGAUCAAUCCAUUGGUAUUAUUAGCGUUGAUUGGCUAAUUUCUUUAACUGAACAAUGUAGAACUGGCACCAAAAUGUGCCACUAGCACAUUACAAACUGGCAAAUACUGGGCUAUGAUUACCAGUAGUACAUUACAAACUGGCAAAUACUGGGUUAUGAUUACCAGUAGUACAUUACAAACUGGCAAAUACUGGGUUAUGAUUACCAGUAGUACAUUACAAACUGCCAAAUACUGGGCUAUGAUUACCAGUAGUACAUUACAACUGCCAAAUACUGGGCUAUGACUACCAGUAGCACAUUCCAAACUGCCAAAUACUGGGCUAUGAUAACCAGUAGUACAUUACAAACUGCCAAAUACUGGGCUAUGAUAACCAGUAGUACAUUACAAACUGCCAAAUACUGGGCUAUGAUUACCAGUAGUACAUUACAAACUGCCAAAUACUGGGCUAUGAUUACCAGUAGUACAUUACAAACUGCCAAAUACUGGGCUAUGAUUACCAGUAGUACAUGUCUCUUUUUUUCAAUCUCUUUAAAGACAUUAUUUAUUUAAAGCAAAUGAAGCACUAUACCUUUGUUGAUUUUUUUACUAGUAUGCCAAAUAUAAUGAAAAGCCUGGAUAUGGAAAAAUAUUGAAUCACGUAAG